AACAUUCAGCGAGGGGAUGUUUUCUAACCAGCAAAAACGAGGAAUUGAUGCAAUUUUUAGGAAUUGCAUCUAUUACAGUUCAGUUUUUUUCAAACUCAUAUGGAAAACCUAUAUAGAAGAAACAUUAAGUAGCGUUGUGAGGUCUGUGCAAUAACCAGAACACAGGCGUUGGCAUAAUCCCCAGAGGAGGUGACAGGAUGAAGGUGUGUCUCCAGGUGAAACAUCUAAAGGCUUUAUUGCUCAGUGACGUGUUUUCCGAGCAGAUAAGUGUUGGCGUUAGUGACCAAGGUUGAACUUUGCUCCUUGUGUCAGUUUGAGUCCCACCUGCUGGUCCAGGAAAUGCAGCUCUGAUCAACAGCACAGUCCACAGCAGCCGCCACCGAAGUGAAAGCACUGAAAUGAUUGCUUCCUGGAAAUUAUGGUUUGGCCUUGUGUUCAUUUGUUCACUACAAUGCAGAGUGGAAACUCAGAAACUCCAGGUCGAACCUCUGGACUUGGCAGCUUUGAGAGGUUCUGAUGUCCAGUUUAUCGCCAACGUUGAGGGAAGCUGGGACGUCAUGACCUGGAAAGUUGGAAAGCUUCUAGUACUGACCAUAGCCGACGACAUAAUCGGAUCUGGGAGAUUCAAUGCUAGUUUCUGCUAUAAUGACUCAAGACGUUGCGUGGAGUUCAAGAUCUACAAUGUCAGCCAUGAAGAUAGUGGAGCAGUUGAGUGUGAACUACAAAGUCAUGGAUCCCUGACAGCCCAGCUCUCUGUACAAGAGAGUGGAACAGUCAGCAUCUCUGGUGGGAAUGUGACGGUGGCGCAGGGUCAGCAGGUGACGUUCGAGUGUGUCACUGCGGGUUGGAUUCCCGCACCAAACAUCACCUGGACCCAAAAUGAUGAGACUGUGAUCAGCAGCCUGUAUAACUCCACCAUUAUAGCUGAUGGAGAUAAAUUCAACUCCAUCAGUGUGCUCAACCUAACGGCAGUCAGGAACACUAAAGUGGAAUGUCUGGCCAACAUUGCAGCGCUAAAAGCUCCAAAAUCCAGCCCUGUGUUUGUGACGGUUGUUCCCAAACCUGCAGACUGGACAGUGCUGAUAGCUGUAGUUGUGUCAUUUGGAAGUUGUGCUUUGUUGGUUUUACUCAUACUGGGAAUCUACCACUGCUACAAACAAAGGAAAGAAAAAGAAUCAAAUUACCAAGAUGAGAUGAGGAGAGUAAAAACACAGAGCCAGUUAAGUGUUAUCAGUGCAGAUGAACAGACAUCAGGUCAGGUGAAUGAAACCUACGAGCCGGACAAUCAGGAUAUUAACAUCCACGUUGGUGCUGAGCCAGGAUUUGUGAAACACAGACAUGUCACCAUUGUUUGAUGACACACCGAGGAAGGAGAGCUCUACAGAGGACUGAAGGAAGUUUAUCAGCACCUUAAACAUUUCCUGCUAUUUUGUAAACAGUUUGGAGAAGAUGGAGAAAAGACUGUCAUAGAGACAGUUAGCAUCUUUUUAAAUCAAUGUUUUUUUUAAGUUAUUAUCUUUUGUUAAAAAAAAUCAAGGAAGUUCUGGUAGAAGGUCAACAGCCAGCAAGAUGAAAACCCUGUAAACGGUAAAAAUACUUCAACGCCUGUUUAAAAAAUACAGAUGCUUCAUAUCUGUUCCUACAGCACUGUUUUCCAGCAAUGUAAACAUUUAGCUUUAAGCUGUGAACUGCUAAAACCAAGUUCUGUGUGUUUUUUUCUGUAAUGUGUGUGCAAAUAUCUUAAAAAAAGAAAAAAAUAUUUGAUGUGUAAUGUUCUGUGUUCUGAUUUUAUAUUCAACAGAGAUUAAAUAGUUUUCUUUUUUACAUACCAGCAAUUUAUAUUUGAACAAAUGUUGCUUUUAUUUAAAUGAAUAUUGCAAGUAUCUGCUUAUGUAACAAUAUUGUGUUUGAAUUUUUUUAUACACAUUUACACUUAACAAAAAUAUAAAUGCAAAACUUUUGGUUUUGCUCCCAUUUUUUAUGAGAUGAACAAAAAGAUCUAAAACUUUUUCCACAUACAUAAUAUUACCAUUUCCCUCAAAUAGUGUUCAGAAACCAGUCUAAUUAUGUGAAAAUGAGCACUUCUCCUUUGCUGAGAUAAUCCCAUCCCACCUCACCGGUGUGCCAUAUCAGGAUGCUGAUUAGACACCAUGAUUAGUGCACCAUUGUGCCUUGGACUGCCCACAAUAAAAGGCCAUGGUCUGUAUUUAUUUGUUGAGUGUACCAUAGCUAAAAACUCCCUGAACAAAGAAUAAAAACUUUUGGCUUUCUAGAAGACAAA